AUGGCAUCUCAAUCCUACCAGAUUAAUAAAAAACAGCAUCCCAUCUACGAUUUAAACCGAAGUUUGCCUAUCUGUAUGGUCUAUGCCUUCAAUAAACUGUUCAUCACUAACCACUAUAACAUUAUGAAGGCAAUUUCUCUCAUCACCGACCCAACGUUGCUCGCAUUAUGGAAAGAAGCCCAGAGCAAUCCAAUCAGUGAAUCGGCAUCCGCGGCAGUCUGGAGCCAGCUUUACAAUAAACACAUUUUUACUGAGAAAGACUGGAUCGUCGCCUAUGAAUAUCCAUCAGAAAGUAUCGAACGUCGAGUCGACAUCACUAUCCGAUAUUUCACGGGAAAUGGACAGCAAAUCACACUCUUUGCCUUUCAUGAACCUGGUGCUCUGAAUGCAACACCGAAGAAUAUUCAAGCAGCCGAGGAUCAAGCGCGCAAUGCGUGCUUGAGAUGUCUUGACAAGCCAGAGAACCAUAGUAUAGAGCGUAUUUAUGCAAUCUCGGCUUUUGGGACACGAGGACACGCAUGGUAUUAUGAUAGAGGGGAGAAUAACUUGAAAUCGCUGUGUGGAUCGGCAGAUUACAUUGAGCUGCACUCCGCCGAUGCUGAUGAGCUUCGGAAGGCUUUCGACAUAAUGCGGGCUGCCAGGCUUCUCCUCAUGCGCCCAAAUCUGACAACCUCACUCUCCACUGCCAUCCUUGCAGAAAAUUCUUCCUCCGGUGACCGUAAAUUGUCCUUGGUUGGUAUCUUUUUGCGGCCUCGGUCACAUGAUCUUCCUGGUGGCAGCAUGAGACAAUCAGUCAGAGUCGCGAUGUUCCAGAAAGCAGAUCACGAUCGAAACAACUAG